GGUCAGACCCUCCACUGCUCCAUCACUUCAGCACUGACAGGAGGCGACCAUGCAUCGAGGCCUGAUUCACCUGAGCCACGUUUCACUGUGGCUGCUUUUUGCACAAGCCUCUGCGGAUCUGCACCUGUGCACGGAGUCAGAUUAUCACUUUGAGUACACCGAGUGUGACGUACUGAGCUCUCGAUGGCGAGUGGCGGUUCCCAACAAGGCCAACACGUGCACAGGUCUACCGGAUCCAGUCAAAGGCACCCAGUGCACCUUCUCCUGUAGUGAGGGGGAGUUUCUGAACAUGCAGUCACAGGAGUGUCAGAAGUGUGCUGCAGGCACCUACUCUCUGGGCACCGGGGUGGCGUUUGAUGAGUGGGACAGCCUGCCCACAGGUUUUGUCACCCAUGGGGAGGUGACAAAUGGAGGGGACAGCCGGACAGACUGCUCCAACUCAACCUGGAUUCCAAAGGGUGAUUACAUUGCCUCUAACACAGAUGAGUGCACAGCGUUGUUGUCCUACGCUGUGAGUCUGAAGGAGCCUGGGACUGUGUCCUUCGAGUAUUUCUACGAGGAGAGCAGCAUCUACUUUGAGUUCUUUAUUCAGAAUGACCAGUGUCAGUCCACAGACUCUGAAAACCGCUUGAUGAAGACUUCAGAUAAAAACUGGAGUAAAUACAAGGUUGAGCUGAACAAGGGCAACAAUGUGUUGUAUUGGAGAAAUACAGCGUACACUCUGCCGGGCGACACUGUCAAACCUGUGCUGUUGAGAAACGUCGCCAUCUCAGGAGUGGCCUACACAUCCGAGUGUUUCCGCUGUAAACCUGGCACCCACAGUGCCAAAGCAGGAUCUGCCCGCUGUUCCCCCUGCCCCGCUGGUACCUACUCCACUAAGGGCGCCACUGUUUGCCAUCAGUGUGAAACAGACAAAUAUGCAGAGGCUGGUUCAGGGAGCUGCAAACCGAGACCAGCAUGUACAAACAGUGACUACUUCUACACUCACACACCUUGUGACUCUGAGGGAAAGACGCAGCUCAUGUACAAGUGGAUUGAGCCGAAGAUCUGCAACGAGACCAUUGAAGGAGCGGUGACGCUUCCUGCAUCAGGGGAGAAACACACCUGUCCACCAUGUAACCCUGGUUUCUUUGUCACCAACUCCUCCACCUGCCAACCCUGCACCAACGGCCUCUACUCAAACGGAACUGCAUGUGCUCAGUGUGCUGUCGGCACGGAGCCAGUGGUGGGGUUCGAGUACAAAUGGUGGAACACGAUGCCGAGCAACAUGAAGAGCUCCAUCUUCAGCAGAGAGUUGAGAGGCUCCGAACACAGAGCUGCAUGGGAGGUGGCUGGAGAAUACGUUUACACAACCCCUGGUGAUCAGGACACAGAUUAUCUGAUGCUCAUGCUCAACGUCCCUGGAUACAGGCUGCCUCAGUCUCUGGCCAAAGACAGUGAGAGGAGUGAACUGGCUCGCAUCACCUUCGUCUUCGAGACCAUGUGCACGGCCGAAUGCAAACUCUUCUUCCUCGCUGGUUAUAAUCAGUGGAACAACGUGGUGGUGGAGCAGUGGAAAGGCAGCAGCAGCAAACAGUCGUACUCCUACCUCAUCCAGAGGAACAGCACCGUCGGCUUCACGUGGACGUUUCAACGCACAGAGGAGUUUAACAUUGAGAGGAAGUACAGUGGUGACAUUGCAAAGAUCUACGCCAUCCACAUCACCAACGUGGUCGGAGGUGUAGCCUCACAGUGUCGCCGCUGCGCCAUGAGCUCCGACGAGGCCUGUGUUCCCUGCCCACCGGGACACUACAUGGUCAACAGGACCGGGUUCUGCGAGAGAUGCUCGGAAAACACCAUCAUCAGGGCUGAGCAGCCGUUCGGAGAGGACGCCUGUAUCCGCUGUGGUCCAAACACGAGGAGAAACAAGGCCUACUCAGCGUGUCUCAGUGACUGUACGCUGGAUGUGCAGUCGAGAGGGGGAGCACAUCUGCACUAUGACUUCUCUCCUCUGGCCAAUGUCACCGGCUUCCACAGCAGCCCCCGCUUCACCAACAAAGGCCUGAAAUAUCUCCAGAGCUUUAAUGUGGCUCUGUGUGGGAAAGAGGGUCGUAUGCCAGCUACCUGUGUGGACAACGCAACGGGGAGUGGGAAGGAAGUCAAAGGUUACGUCUGCCAGUCCACUGUGGUUCCGUCUGAAAUCAGGAGUCAGAGCGUGGUGUCCUCACAGCCGUUCCUCAUCGGGGACUCACUUGUCGGUGUGACCACUGACACGACGCUGAGCGGCAUUUCCUCUCCUGAUUGGCUGUUCCCGUCUACGUCCAUGCUGCCAGACGUCAUCUUCUAUUACAAGUCCAGUGAGACGACUCAGACUUGUAAACAAGGCAGGUCGGCCGCCAUCAGACUGAGAUGUGAUCCAGCACUGACCGCCAAAGACCACAUCACGCUGCCGAGAAACUGUUCACAAGGGACGUGUGAUGGCUGUGUGUUCCACCUCCUGUGGCAGAGCCAGCAUGCAUGUCCACUCUGCAACAGAAGCCACUACAGAGAAAUCGUCAGCGCUUGUAUCCAGGGAAUACAGAAAACCACCUAUGUGUGGCAGCAGCCGUUGCAGUGCUAUGGAGGAGUGUCUCUACCAGCACAAAAAGUCAGCGCUUGUGUGAGUCUGGAUUUCUGGCUCAAGUUCGGUGUGACCACGGGAAUAAUUGCUGCUGUGCUGCUCAUCAGUGUCAGCUGCUAUUUCUGGAAGAAGACGCGCAAGCUGCAGUAUAAAUACUCCAAGCUGAUGAUGAGCUCCGGAGGUCAAGAGUGUGAGCUGCCCACCGCAGACAGCUGCGCUAUAAUGGAGGGCGAGGAUGCAGAGGACGACCUCAUGGACCUCACCAAGAAAUCUUUUUUCACCAAGAUUAAGUCCUUCUCGCGAGAGAGGUCUUCAGACGGAUUUGACUCAGUUCCACUGAAGUCGUCAUCUUCUCGCCUCCAACAGGACGACGAGGACUCGGACGAAGCUUGAAUCAGACGAUGAACAGAUCUUCGCUGGUUUGACAUCAACACACCUCCAACAGUUAAAAUAUUGUAACGAGUGGUGAUUAGUAUUAUUUGUCAUGUUCCAAAUCUAAUAGUUAAAUACAAAGUCUCCACAUUGGGGAUAUUCAUUAUUUUAAAAACGUCAAAACUGUGUUUCAAAGAUUAUCUGAGACUGUGGAUGAAGUUACACUUUUGUAGAUGUGAUUGUUUGUGUACAUUUACAUAAAUGUUACUAUGUAUUUCAUUUUUCUCUUUUUAUUAGACCACAGUUCUAGUUCAGUCAGAUAUUGUUAUUUGGUAAUAUAUUAUUUUUAUUUGCUCUGGCUUUUGAUAACCUUGUCUGCUGCAUUUAAGUUUAGGACAUUAUUUUGUUUUACUGUGAAGUAAAGAUAUUUUCUACACUGAAAAACUACAAAUGUGCAUCUCUCAAAAUGAAUCAGGUUCUUCUUGUAAUAUCACAUCGCAGCGAACGAAAACAGUUCAUCACUUCAUACACGCACGCAUGCAUGCACGACCGCACACACGCACACACACACAUUGUAAGUCUUGCUAAAUCAAGUAUGGUAAGCAGUGAUUAGUGGUAAAGAAAAGAAUUAUGCUUAAGUAGGAUACUUCCGUUUUCUGACACUUUACACUUCUCUUUUGCAACAACUGAGACUGAAAGUACUUUUAACUUCUUUUAAAUGUGUGUAUCUGCUAUAGAAAUCAAUUAUUUCGUGGAUUAAGAUUGUUUACAUGUUUUCUUUUACAUAACUUAUCCUGUGGUAAAGAAAAUCCUGAUAAUUAUUAACUCCAACAUGUCAAUCGACCAUAUUAUUAAAGUGGUGUUUUCACAUAAAUGCUUUAGCAAUGAUAAUAAUCUUACAAUAAACUAUAACACUAUAUUGCACAUACUAUAUUUAUACUGUUGACACUGCACGGACACUUUACUUUUGAAAGUAAAUGCGAAAUGUUACCAACAUUUUACUUUUAAUGGAGUACAUUUACAGUGUGGUCUGCAACUUUGAUCAAUUGAUCUAAAUAAUCAUUCAAUCACCAAUGUUGGAAGAAGUACCACUGUGUUGAAAUACUGUUACAAAUGAAAGUCAUGCAUUCAAGAUUUUGCUGUUGUAAAAAUUCUAAGGUUUUAGCCUCAAAUAUCCUUCAAGUACCAAAAGUAAGUUAUCAGUGCACAGAAUUUAAUGUCUCUGAAUUUAUUACUUGAUUGGUACUCAAUGAUAAAUAUUUAUCCAUUCAUGUGUACAUCCCUAAAGCUGCCCAAAUAAAUGCUGAUUACUUACUCAUCAAGAAA